AACACAGCAGACAGCACCAGCUUGUGCCCAAGGUGUGACUGCAACUAAAGGAGACUUACACAACACAAUUAAAACCAGCCUGUGUGCAUUCUUCUGAGCUCUGUAGGCUGACAGCUGCCUCUCAGCCUCCUGACUUCUGCUCCACUUUUAGUCCAUUCAAAAGUUGCACAUUUCUCUGGUGGGAACCUGAGGGAACACAGUUCAGUCGGACCGUGGCAUCUGUGGCGAUUCAUUAGGGUAGCUUUUGUUUUUGGAAUAGCAGCCAUGGGAAGAAGCCUGAAUUUUGAUGAGAUUCUUUCUGAAAUCGGGGGAUUCGGCAAGUUUCAGAAGAUACUGUACGUGUGGAUUUGCCUCCCCCAGAUCCUCCUGGCAUUCCACAUGUUGAUCUCGGUCUUCACCGGGGCCGUCCCCCCUCAUCUCUGCCGCUCCUCCACCAACUGGCCCUCGGCCUCCGACUUGGGCACCUCCAAUUUCAGCGUUGUAACGGGCCCCGAAGGGGACGCCAGCUUUUCCUGCUCUGCGCCCGAGGGGGUCCCUGGCACCCAGCAAGCCCAGCUGAAUCAAAGUGCCGCCCAGGCCCUGAGCAAUGUCCAAGCCACCCGGGGCUGCCCGGCGGGGUGGGAAUUCAGCAGGGAGAUCUUUCACAGCACCGUGGCAACCGAGUGGAACCUGGUGUGUGACAACAAAAAUCUGAAUAACAUUGGUUCCUCAAUCUACAUGUUUGGUCUACUGGUUGGCGCUGUGCUGUUUGGUUCCUUAGCUGAUAGGUUUGGUCGCAGAAGCAUUAUCCUGGUUGGUUUGGCGGUUCAGUCAACCUUUGGAGUUGGUGCUGCUUUUGCCCCAAAUUUUUACAUUUAUGUGUUUCUGCGGUUUGUGGUUGGAACAACUAUUUCUGCCAUCAUUAUGAAUGCUUUUGUUUUAGGCACUGAAUGGACAGGGUCAAAGCACCGGAUGCUUGCUGGGAUUAUCACCGACUACUUCUUCGGGUUUGGCUACAUCAUCCUGGCAGGUCUGGCUUACUUGAUCAGGGACUGGCGGAAGCUCCAGCUAGCCAUCUCGGCACCAGGCUUUCUCUUCAUCUUUUACAUCUGGGUCUUACCAAAGUCGGCGCGGUGGUUAAUGGCCAACCAGAGGAACGAGGAAGCCAUAGAGCUCAUCCGGAAAGCUGCUCUGAUAAAUAAAAAACCCCUUCAAGAGGACAUAGAGAUAAACCAGGAGUACAUAGGCAUGGAGAAAAUUGAGGGGCAAAGGAAAUAUACAGUUGUUGACCUUGUCCGUACUCCAAAACUGAGGAGAAAUUCACUGAUAAUGUUUUACUUGUGGUUCAUUAACGUCAUGGUUUACUACGGCCUGUCGCUGAACAUCUCCGACUUUGGGGCGAACAUCUACCUGACCCAGCUGAUCUUCGGCCUGGUGGAGAUGCCUGCCCGAACCAUCACCCUAUUCACCCUGAAUCGCUCCCGGAGGAUCUCCCAGCUGGCCUUCAUGGCUGUGGGCGGGCUGGCCUGCCUACUCAGCGUCUUCAUCCCUGAUGAUCUGUCCAUAAUGAGAACUGUCCUGGCUAUGUUGGGAAAGUUUGGGAUAACCGCCUCCUUAUCCAUUGUCUACAUUUACUCUGCAGAGGUCUUCCCUACUGUCAUAAGGCAAAGUGGAAUCGGUAUGGGCUCCAUGUGUGCCAGGCUAGGGGGAGUCCUGGCGCCCGUUAUCUACCUGCUGAGGGGUGUGAAUAAGAAUGCUCCCAUGGUGCUGUUUGGACUGUGUUCUCUGGUGGGGGCAGCCCUGACCAUGCUACUGCCUGAGACGGCCAACCAGCCGCUGGCUGACACGAUCGAGGAUGUGGAGGGAUCCAGCAUCAGACAUCCAAAACUGAAGAACCAACAGGUGGAACAAGGCACCAGUCAGGCCCCACUGAAACUUUGUGACCUGUGAUAUUGUCUGCUGGAUACUUGUGAGGGAAGAGACCAUAACUCCAGGGAACUCAGCUGUGCAUUGUGAGAUAUCUGCUAAAAAGUACCUCCGCCAAGAUGUCGCUUGUAAAGCUAUUGGCUGUUUUUAACAUGCAACGAUUGAUGUCACUGAACAGGCAUUUUUCCGAUUUAGCUCAGCUUUAUUAUUUUUUCAUAUUGAGUUAUGAGGUAUGUUUUUUUUAUAGUGAUGACCCUACUAUAUUGUGACACUAGUACUGUUUAUUUAUGGACCAAAUUGUCAUGGUAUGUCAAGGACACACACUUAUGUGGUGCCGAUAGCCUUGUGUUUUUUUUAACCUACAUGUCUUUGGCAGUGCAUCCCUCUUCCUGAACCAGAGCCUGCUCACAUCACUGCCUGUUAUCGAUAGGUCUUCCUGGGAGCCUUGCUUAUCAGACUAACCCCCCGACCCACCCUAAUUACCACUCAUCAGGUUAAGGUGUUUUCUCAGUUUUAGCCCCAAAGUGACUUGCAGGUCAUCAUGCAAUGUAAUUUGGUAUAAACCAGGACAACAACACAGGGCAACUGCCACACAGUGUGUUUUUAUAUGGAAAUGCUUGCCAUCUGCCUGCCAUUGUGAAAACAGCCUUCUAAACUCAAGUAGCCAGUGUCAGGUACUGGCCACAUCUCAGAGCAGAUGGGUCAUACUCAUGAAACUGACAUUGGACCAAACAAUUCUUUGUUCUUUUGCACAAAAUGUCCACUGGUAUCACUGAGAUUAGCCUCUUAUACAUUGAUCACCUAUAAUUUAAAUUUUAUCACGAUUUAUACACAAUUGUCAGUCUUGCAUCAAGUCCCAAAAACAAUUUAUAAGCCAGUGAAUUUUUAUACAGUGAUGUAAAAGCUGAAGUAAAGAAUUAGAAGACAGUAAACAAUAUCCCCAAAAAUCUCCUCAGAGGGAUCAUUUAUUUUCCCUCCAUUAAUGGUUGCAACAUACCAUUAAAACUGCCUUUUCCUGAGUCACCUAGAAAUGCUGUGGUGUCUGCAGACCUUACAGGACAGUGAUGCCCUUGUAAGACUGGGAUGGAUGGACUUAAUGAUGAACCGACGACACUGUAGCCCCAGUUAGAGAGCUCUCCCUUCAGACAUCUGUGUUGCAUAAACACACUUUAUAUCACACAUGUUGUUCAAGAAAAUAUAUUGUGGCGCCUAAAAGGGGUUGAAAACAGAAACCAGUAAUAUUAGUCUUGUUACAACAACAAGAAAUAUUGAGAUUUUGUUAUGACGCGGUUUCUCUGUGGUGGGUUUAGAUGGGAUCUUCAUAAUGAUAGAUGGUGAACCACAGAGCAUGAUUUAACAGGCAGGAUUUUUUUGUUGUUGCCAGUGCAUGGCUUAGGAGAGCAAAGCCACAAGUUCUAUUUUUUGGAUGUAGUACAGUGUUUGUUUUGCAGUCAUGUGACCUUUUUUUAUAUGGACUGUUUAGUGACAGUGGAACCAACAGGACGAUGUUUUGUUACUAAUCACUGCCACCUUCUGGAAGAAGGUGGUAAAUGCGUCUUGUCCUGCAUCAGCUGCUAUUUAUAAGUACUGUAACGAAGCACAAACAUGACCAGAGUCAUUAUAUAUUAAAUAAAAAUAGCUUGCAUUUUACUUCAUAUGUUACAACUUGUGUUCUUCCAAAAUAGUGUUUGGUGAAAUCUGUACUUUUCCGUGCAAUAUACGUUUGUGCCUUUGUUCCCUAUUUACCAGAAUGACAUAAGUGGAGAAGUUUAAUCAAUGCUGUGAAAAAGUCCCAAAAGUCAACUUAAUAAAAUGUUAC